UAUAUUUAUAUUUUAUUCUCGUUUUUACCCCUCUCUCUCUUCUGGUUUUCUCUCUCCUUCGUUUCAACGGGCGAGGAUUUUUCGAAACCAGAAAAAAAGAAGAAAGUUUUCAUGUUUCAGAGAAAAGGGUUCUGGAAUCAAUUGGGACACAAUCGAUGAGCUUCAAUUUGAUUCCCUCUACUUCUUCGCAACCAGAGCAGAGGAGAAGUGAAGUUCCGAUAGAGGAGUGCUGCCUUGUGAAUAAGCAAUCCACGGCUGCGUCGAGCUCGGAUUCCGAAGGAAGUGAGAGUCCUGUUCUUAAGUCACCCGGGAUUGGCAGCAGCCCGGCAGAGGCUUCUCCAGUUAACAAGAGGAUUACUGGUCCUAUUAGGCGAGCAAAGGGUGGUUGGACUCCACAGGAGGAUGAGACAUUGAGGAAUGCAGUUGCAAAGUUUAAGGGGAAGAACUGGAAGAAAAUAGCUCAAUAUUUUCCUGAUAGAUCAGAAGUGCAAUGUCUGCAUCGGUGGCAGAAGGUACUAAAUCCAGAACUUGUUAAAGGACCAUGGACUCAAGAGGAGGAUGAUAAAAUCGUUGAACUGGUAGCAAAGUAUGGACCUACAAAAUGGUCGUUAAUAUCAAAGUCUUUGCCUGGUCGUAUAGGAAAACAAUGCCGAGAGAGGUGGCACAAUCAUUUAAAUCCAGAUAUAAAGAGGGAGGCUUGGACGUUGGUGGAGGAAUUAGCCCUUAUGCAUGCCCACCGAAUGCAUGGGAACAAGUGGGCCGAAAUAGCUAAGGCUUUACCUGGAAGGACUGAUAAUGCAAUAAAGAAUCAUUGGAAUAGUUCCUUGAAGAAGAAAUUAGAUUUCUAUUUAGCAACUGGGCAACUUCCCCCGCAACCAAAGAAUAGUUACCCGAAUGUUCCUAAAGAGACAAAUAGAUCCAUUGCAACUAGAAGAUUGCUUGUUGGCUCUGAUAAAGGAUCAGAUUCAACUGCUCGGACAUUGCCUGGAAAUGCAGACACACGUAAAAUAGAUGAAGAUGGCAAGGAUCAUCAAUUGCAGUCCUCUGAACCUCUUGACAUGGACAUGUGUGCUUUCUAUUUGGCGACUGGGCAACUUCCACCAGUACCAAAAAAUAGUUUCCCAAAUGAUGCUAAAGAGACAAAUAGAUCCACUGCAACUACAAGAUUGCUUGUUGAUUCGGAUAAAGGAUCAGAUUCAACCGCUCACACAUUGUCUGUAAAUGCGGACACAUGUAAAAUAGAUGAUAAUGGCAAGGAUCAGCUGCAGUCCUCCAGCUCUCAGGACAUGUGCGGUUCAUCAAGUAUUCUUCCAGAUGAACAUGCUGAUUCUGAAGUCAUAGAGUGUAGGCUAAGAUUAUCUCUUACAGAUCCUAGUUGCAGCAACUCAGAGUCGGUGCCAAAAUUCACGAACUUUGCUGUAAACAGCAAGCUUCAGAUUGAGAAUUCAGGUAUUAACAGUGAGCCGAAGUAUGAGAAUUCUGAAUUCAACAGUCAAAAAGUUGAAGACAAAGUUGACAGUGCAACUGUGCCAGUUGAAACUCCUAGCUAUGGUUCAUUGUACUAUGAACCACCACCAUUGGACAGCUCUAUUCCGUUAGAUUCAGGGCUUCCAAACUUGCAUUGCUUUCAGCAUGACUACAAGUCUAGUCCGAACUGGUCACCUAUUAGUUUCUUCACUCCUCCUACUGCAAAGAGCAGUGGUUUAUAUAAUCGAAGCCCUGAAUCAAUUUUGAAAAUAGCUGCUAAGACCUUCCCCAACACUCCUUCUAUUUUGCGGAAAAGAAAGUCUGCCCAAGGACAUUUACCUCCUAACAAACUUAGGAUAGUUGAUAGUGAAUCAGUCAGGGAAACGCUCAUUGUUCCCGAAGAACAGGAAAGAAAUAAAAAUAGUGUGGAACUGUCUGGGUCUCAAGAUGUAAGUUUGUGUGACAGUCCAACCAGUCAAGGUAUUAAUACCACUGGUCCUAAUGGUAAGGCUUUUAAUGCAUCUCCUCCAUACCGUUUAAGAUCCAGGAGGACUGCUGUUUUCAAGUCUGUGGAGAAACAACUUCAGUUUACAUGUGAAGAAGAGUAUGCUGGUAAUUCCAAACCCGUGGGGUUAUCUGCAAAUGGGGGCACUGCUGUCACCAAAGAUUGUUCCCAUGCAACAAAGAUGGGAGUUACCUAGGGCACACGCUGUACAAAGGAGGGAGAUGCUAUUGAAGUUGGCAGACACUUUUGAACUGGUGAUUUCCAAGUGCACAGAGCUUUUGAAAAGUGAUAGAUUAUAUUGAUUUAUCUGAAGACACCCUGGUUUUAGAUCUUCAAUGAAAUUGAAAUCUUGCAAAUACAAACUUGUUAUUAGUUACAUAGUGGGGAGUGCAUCUUCAGCAGACCUUCAGCAGUCACCAGCUUGACAAAAUCCAGGGCAGUGGGGAUUCUGUAAUGUGUAGAAUAAUAUUGAUAGGCCCCAGAUGAUAGUGAAAAUAUAUUCUUUUUGGUACAUUAUUCUUUAGUGAAAAUAUAUUUACUGUACCCAGAUUUGUACAGAAAAUCCACCAUGGAGCAAUGAUGCUUCAUGCCUGAAAAUUUUUUGUAAUGAAAGCGUAGCUCCUGUCUGAAUUUGUCUCAA